AUGGCAGAUCCGCUGUUCAUCACGACGGGUGUGCUUGGCUUUAUGUCCUUCGGUAUUGAAGUCGCUCAGUCGCUCUACAAGUACUACACCGCUGUCAAGUCCCAACCAUCGAACAUUCAGCAUACAUUGCUGAAGCUCCAGCAACUCGAAGCCCUCCUCGAGCAGCUGCGCUCUCACAUCGAGGAACGUCAAUCACGGCCUGAAGGGGUUGAGUUGGUCAAAACCAUCAAGCCCUUCCACCCAGGUACUGGCCUCUGGCUGGUCAGAGGAGCCUCUUUCCUUAAUUGGUUGCACCAUCCCAAGUCUUUCUUAUGGCUCAAAGGCUUCGCUGGGUGUGGAAAGUCUGUAUUGUCCACUACUGUGAUUGAGCAUACCCUGCGUCGUCGAGGGUUCGACAGAAACUCCCGCGUAGGGGUAUCGUUCUUCUUUCUCACCUUUAACGACGACACCAAGCAAAGCACGUCGGCCCUUUUGCGCGCUCUGAUCCUUCAACUGUCAGCGCAACUUGGCAGUACUCCUACGGCACUUCAAAGACUUUUCCAGAAUUACAGGUCUGGGGCACCUCCGGACCCGAGUCUAGUUGAGUGUAUCCAUCAGAUUCUCCGAAUGUUCGAAGACGUCUACAUCAUAAUUGAUGCUCUGGACGAAAGCCCUAGAGAUUCUCACAGAGGGGAUAUGCUUGAAACACUUACCGAGAUGCGAGCUUGGCUGGAUUGCUCCCUACACUUACUGGUCACAAGCAGAGACGAACCCGAUAUCAAAGAUGAGCUACAGGCCGCCUCCGAAGACAUGGUCCAUCUGAAAAAUGAUGACAUAGACAAAGACAUUGCCCUUUUCGUCACAGAACAUCUCGAACGCAACCGUCGUCUGCGGAAGUGGAUGCCUUAUUUCGCUGAAAUAGAAACUGUUUUAGUGCAAAAAGCCGGUGUAGUGUAA